AUGCAGUACUCAGCAUUGCUCCUUAGCGCGGCCUCCGUGGCGUCUGCAUGGCCUGCUCAGAAACCAUCGACGACUGUCUCGAUACCGAACAAUGCUCCAGCCGGCGCAGGGGUACCUUUGGAGAACUUCGUCUCCUUCUCUAUCGAGUUCUCAUACUUCCCGGACUAUGCUGGCAACACCUCCAACCCCAACACCUUCUCGAGUAAUCUACUCGAGAACAUCAAGACAUACAGUGGCUCCAAACCAUAUAUUCGUGUUGGUGGCAGCUCGCAGGACAACGCCCUCUUCGUCCCAACGCAGACUGAAGGUGCCAUCCUCACCUUCGCGUCUGCAACAGCAGACCAGCCUUCGAACCUCACCUACGGCCCGAACUUCUUUCAGUCCUACCACACUUGGCCACAGACAACAUUCGUUCAUGGGCUCAACCUGAAGUACAACACGACCGCCGCACACCAGGCAUUACUGGACUCCAUCCCCUACGCUUGUGCUUCGCUGAGGGGUCAGCUGCUCGCCUGGGAACUUGGUAACGAGGCUGAUCUAUACGCUGCCUUCCUUGGUUCUGCCGAGUCUCGACCUGCUUCGUGCAAUGAAGCUGCUUAUGUGUCGGAAUGGCUCAACCUCACUCGAAGCAUACGCAGUGCUUUGCAAACCAGCUGUCCAGAUAUGGCGAAGAAUGGCUCGUUCGAGUGGUAUGCACCCUCGUUCGCCGCAUCCCAAGGCCUUAGCGAGCUUGACCAGGUCAAGACGUGGAACGCUGGUCUUGACGCUGAUCAGGACCUGAAAGUGUUCGCCUCUCACCACUAUCAAGGAGUAGCCACCAACCCUGGUAUCAGUCUCCAAGGUACGCUGAUGAACCACACAGCCACCAUCGCCUCUGUCAACUACUUGGCCAACCAAUCAAACUCGCUGCAUGCUCAACCAUCUUAUCCUUCGGACCUCCCGUUCAUCCUCGGUGAAGGCAACUCUCUCGCGCGCCAAGGCGCUCCCGGCCUGUCCAACUCCUUCGGCGCAGCUCUCUGGGGCGUAGAUGCGAACUUGCUCAUGGCCUCCAAGAACAUCCGCCGCUUCCAUAUGCACCAAGGCACCAACUAUCGCUACCAAGCCUGGCAGCCCAUCAACACUGCACGCGUUACCAAAGGCACAAAGGCACCGUACUACGGCAACGUGGCCGUGGCCGCCUUCCUCGGUGAUCUUACGAACGCAGCCAAAUGCCCACAAGUCGUCAAUCUCCCGCUCUCGAGCGACUUACAAGCUGCCUAUGCCAGCUACAUCAACGGCCAAUUGUCCAAGAUCAUGCUCAUCAACUUGCAAGACUUUAAUGCCACGGCGGGUAACAACUACACCUCCACUAGCCCGAGAGGUUCAAACACCUACAGCCUUCAGGUCCCGUCCUCAUGCAAUGGCAAGACGGCUUCCGUUCAACGUCUGGUCGCCAAUGGCAGCGACGCAGUGACGGGUGUCACCUUCGACGGAUACAGCUAUAAUUACGAGCUGGACAACGGCAAGCCCGUACUCUUGAGGAACGUGACACGUGGUGAGACUCUGCGUGCUGGGUGGGGAGGUAUGAGCAUCACCGUCCCCGAUAGCAGUGCCGCACUCAUCAACUUCGACGGCAAAUCUGGAGGAUGGGCCGGAUGGUAA